AUGGGUUUCGGAAGCUUCAAAUUUGGGAAGCUGAUGGAUGUAUCCAAAGAACCCCGGUGGCAGGUGCAGGCAGCCUGGAAUAUAGCGCACGCUACAGUUCCCCAUAUGAAAGUCCUGGUGUACAGUGGCAUAAUUGGAAAUAAGGACGAACUGUUUCGUGGAGAGCUGCUGGCCAUUAUUGAUGUGAUGUGUCGGCGGCUAAACACGAAGUCGCUUCGUCCGCAUAUCAUUGCUCCUGUUUUGUUAUUUUCUGUGGUAGGAAUGCACCAUAUUCGGGUCCUGGAGGCAUAUUUUAAUGGCAAGGAGCUUGUGGUGCGUGCCACUGAACUGUAUGACUUGGAGCACCGGAAUCACAAACUUUUAAUUCAGCUAUCAAAGUGGUGGCUGGGCCAUGCAAGUGAUAUGUCGACGCAAGAGUAUUAA